AUGAUGGCAAAACUAACCACUUUAUGGCUAGAUUUCUGCGACUUCUGUCAGUGCACAUUUCCAGACAAUGCAACCAACAGAAGAAACCACAAUGAAGGUGCCAUACACCUCAACAAUCGAAAGUUACAUUAUGAUUGGUAUAAAGAUCCAGAUGUGUUUAUACAGGAACAAGCAAGUAAACCACCCUGCAGACAUUAUAUCAGCUACGGACAUUGUGAGUAUGGGUUACUGUGCAAAUACAGUCAUAUCACCUACGAUCCUGCUUCGGGUCAAGCCAUUUACCCACCCGAGCUUUUGCAAUGGUUCGAAUUACAGCAGCAGGAAACAGCAGCAAACAAUACUACUCUACAAAAACCUGCUCCAUCUACUCAAAGAUAUAAAUUGCCUUCUGGUUGGAAGAUAAAAGAUUUACCAUUAUCGUUGAGGCCACCACCACCAAAACAUGGCUAUGAUUGGAGCAACACUGGCGCCUGGUGA